AUGGGUUCAUCAGCUUCUAAACCUGUGAGGUCGGCUGCUGCGGCCUCACGACGUCAAUAUCCAAAAAAGCCUUCCGCUCCUCCGACGCCGACGCCCGCCACUGCACCCCGGGCUCCAAAGGAGCCCAAGCCCAAGCCCAAGCCUCAGGACCAGGCUGCGCCUCAGGCUCAAUUUAAGCCUCAAAUUCCAGCUACACCUCAAGGCCCGCAAUACCAUUCAAAAGAGCAGGCAUCCGGUGUUAAAUCUAAUGCAAUCGACCUCGAUGGCCGAGAUCCCGAUUUCGCUCAAUCCCUUCGUAACAUUGGCCCCGUGAACCCCGUUCCGACGUAUUCCCACUCGAGCGCCUUCAACCAACCUUCCUCCGGAAUCCACCCAAGCCAAGUUCAAACCAUUUUCCCCCAGUCGUCAAAUCCAGCCCUCUUGACGGUGACUGCGCGUCAACGGAUUGCAAAGGCGGCUGAAAAAGAAGCCGAAGAGUACGGACGAGGAAGCUUUGGAGGACGGGAAUAUGCUGAUGCUUUGACUAUCCGGCAGGCGCUUACAAUGCGCGACAGGCAGGGCUUGUCCAAAAGGGAUAUCGAGAGUAUGUUGAAGUUGAAGAAGGGUUUUAUGGAUAAAUUUGGG